CUCACAUGGGCAGACAGAACCCCGACUUAAAGCUUUCCUUUGACCUUUUUCUCCGGGAGUCGGCCUGACGUUCCUCACCUAUGAAAUAAGCACACAGGUUCUCUGUCAACAACAUACCGCCGCGCUGAGACCCUAACCUUCCAGGUCUUUGGAUGAGAAAAAAACGCUAAGGAAGCAUUUCCUCGGGGAGCAGGGCUCGAAGAGAUUUUUAGGGGUUCCACCCGCGGCCUCCUGGCUGAUCUCUUUUAUCGAAAGGAGGCUGCUCCAUUGACAGUGGUGUAAAACUCGCUGCUGCUUUUCCCAUCUCCUACCUCUCAUCUUUACCAACAACACUAUUGUCAGGGAAAAUGAACCGGCUGUACCACUCAACGGAGCCCCAAGUGAUGGACGAGGAAAUGCUCAAGCAGGCUGUGGGAGAACAGAGCCUGCGGGACGAGGCCAGGCAGCUGGCCAGGCAGGAGGGCGUCCUCUUCAAGGAUGUGCUUUCACUGCGGCUGGACUUCCAAAACAUCAUCCGCAUAGACAGCCUCUGGCACUUUGAGAACUUGAGGAAGCUACAGCUGGACAACAACAUCAUUGAGAAGAUCCAGGGCCUGGAGCAUCUCGUACACCUGGUCUGGCUGGACCUAUCCUUCAACAACAUCGAGGUCAUCGAGGGGCUGGACACCCUGGUGAACCUGGAGGACCUGAGCUUGUUCAACAACCGGAUCUCCAAGAUCGGCUCUCUGGACGCCCUCGUCAAGCUGCAGGUGCUAUCGCUGGGCAACAAUGACAUCAGCCAGAUGAUGAACAUCAUCUACCUGCGGCAGUUCAAGGGCCUGCGGACGCUCAGCCUCUCUGGGAACCCCAUCGCAGAGAUGGAGGAUUACAAGAUGUUCGUCUGUGCCUACCUUCCUGACCUCGUGUACCUGGACUUCCAGUGCAUCGACGACCACAUGAAGGAGCUGGCGGAGCUCAGGUACCAGUACUCCAUCGACGAGCUGAAGCAGCAAGAGCACCUGACUCAGGUCCAACUGGCGAAAGAGCAGGCCCAGCAGGAGGAGCUGGAGGAGCACAAGGCCGCGUUCGUGGAGCACCUGAACGGCUCCUUCCUGUUUGACAGCAUGUACGCCGAGGACACAGAGGGCAACAAGCUGGCUUACCUGCCCGGCGUCAAGGAGCUCCUUCAGGCCUACAAGGACAAAUUCGUCAUCAUCUGCCUGAGCAUUUUCGAGUACGGCCUGAAGCAGCAGGAGAAGCGCAGAGUGGAGCUUGACACCUUCAACGAGUGUGUCCAGGAGGCCAUCCAGGAAAAUCAGGAGCAGGGCAGACACCGGGUUGCCAGGUUCGAGGAAAAGCACUCACUGAAUUUAAACACCCUUCGAGAUGAGUCUGACCUGACCAACUUCGAGACGAAGAUAGUGGAAUACAGCGAGAACAUCACUGAACUGUUCAACGUGCUCAUGACGCUGGAGAUGCAGUUGGUAGAGCAGCUGGAGGAGACUAUAAACAUGUUUGAAAGGAACAUCACCGACUUGGUGGCACUCUUUAUUGAAAAUGUCCAAGGCCUGAUGGCUCAGUGCCGGGACCUGGAGAACCACCACCACGAGAAGCUCCUGGAGAUCGCCAUCAGUACCCUCGAGAAGACACUGAAGGGGGAGCUGGAUGAGGACCUGCCUGAGGACGUGCGAGCUGUUGGUUUCCAAAAGAUCAUUUCUGUGGGGCUUCUGGCGGUUUCCAAGAGAGGCAGUUGCAAAAGGAAGUUAUGUGCGGAAAUUUCCCACCUUUUUGUCGACAAGGACACGAUUGUUAAUGCUGUCGGGACCUCGCAUGACCUCCACCUCCUGAAGAUCGACAAUCGAGAAGAUGAGCUGGUGACACGGACAAACUCUUGGUGCUCACACUUAGUGGACACGAUCCACAAGGAUGAGAUCAUGAGGAACCGCAGGCGGGUGAAGGAGAUCUAUCAAUACAUCGACCACAUGCAGAACGAGCUAGACAGCCUGGAAUGCAGUGAGAUCAUAGAUUAGGGCUGCGCCAGCCCACACGGCUCUCUGCCCACGCAGCACAUCACGUCACUGACAGCCUCAGACGUGUUCCUGGGAAUUUCUCAACCCAUAACCCUCCUAACCCCAUUCUUCCCCCGCCCCUGGGAAAUGCAGAGAAAAAUAAAGAACUAAGUCAUUUUU